GCCGAAGGUUUGCAUCUUAGCGCUUUUGUUUGUAGCGGCACCCCUACGCAGCUGAUGGCUUCAAACGCCAGCUUUCAGUGGACGAUCAGGCCAGCCACAAGGGAGGAUGUGCCGUCCAUUAUAUUCCUAGCUAAGGCACUGGCAGAAUAUUUAUUUGGGCCAAAUACCAAGACAACUGGAGAAAAGGGUACUUACGUAUCAGUAUACUGUCACUAAAGCAGGUGAGUAAGCAAUAUUUCUGCCCUGCUUUUGUAGAAAUAUUGAGAGAUGGGUUUGGAGAGAGGCCAUGGUUCCAUGUGCUGGUGGCUGAAUUGACGUCUGACAAGCCCUCUUCUAGCACGCCACAUAAUGACAGAAUAGUGGGAUACGCUGUAUAUUACUACACCUACUCAAUGUUACAAGGAAGAAGCCUCUUUCUUGAAGAUCUCUGUGUCAAAGAAGAGUACCGCAACUGUGGCAUUGGAACAGCUCUGAUGCAGGAAUGUGCAAAGUUGGCCCGAGAGGAAGGAUGCACUAACAUGACCUGGCAACUAAUGGACUGGAACGCUAAAGCAAAGCAGUUCUAUGAACGGAUCGGUGCAGAUAUUAAAAAAGGCUGGCUGACAAUGAAACUGACGGAGCCUGGACUAGGAAACUUGGCUUCCGGAGGUAGUUCAACAAACAAGAGUGCAUAAAAUGAAUUAUCUGCUCAUGUAGUAUCACACUUGAU